AUGUCAACAACAACAAAGAAUCUAGUUGAACCACCACCUGAACAUUGUCCAGGUACAGAAUCAGAGAGUGCAGGCAAGUCAGAUAGUUGUAAGGGAUGUCCCAAUCAACAGAUAUGUGCAUCUGCACCAAAGGGACCAGACCCCGACAUUGUAACGAUCGAAGAGAGAAUGGCUUUGGUUAAACACAAGAUAUUGAUCCUCUCGGGCAAGGGAGGUGUUGGAAAGAGUACAUUUUCAUCACAACUCAGCUUUGCCAUUGCCAACAAGAGUCAAGACAUUCAGGUCGGUUUGUUGGAUAUCGAUAUCUGCGGACCUUCAAUCCCAAAGAUUAUGGGCUUAGAGGGCGAACAAAUACAUACUAGCAGUCAAGGUUGGGAUCCCGUCUACGUUGAAGACAACCUUGCUGUCAUGUCUGUUGGUUUCCUUUUAGAAGAUGAAGAUGAAGCUGUUAUUUGGAGAGGUCCAAAGAAAAAUGGAUUAAUUAAACAAUUCUUAAAAGAUGUUAAUUGGGGAGAAUUGGAUUAUUUAAUUGUUGAUACACCACCAGGAACAUCUGAUGAACAUCUUUCAAUUGUACAAUAUCUUAAAACCUCCAGUUUGGAUGGAGCUGUAAUCAUUACUUCACCUCAAGAUGUCGCUUUGAUCGAUGUUAGAAAGGAAAUUAAUUUUUGUAAAAAGGUUGGUGUACCAAUCAUUGGAGUUGUAGAGAAUAUGUCUGGAUUUGUUUGUCCAAAGUGUAAUAAAGAAUCACAAAUAUUUUUACCAACAAGUGGAGGAGCAGAAGCUAUGGCAAAGGAAAUGGAAGUUCCAUUCCUUGGAAAAAUACCAAUCGAUCCACUUAUUGCCAGAUCAUGCGAUGAGGGUAAAAGUUAUUUAACCACUCAUCCAGACUCUGAAGCAACCAAACAAUAUAAAUUGAUUUUUGAUAAAUAA